ACCGGUUUCUGUGACAGAACAAAGAUAGUUGUUUGAGAAACAUUUCGACAAGAAACAAAAUACUAUCUAUCCACUGCGUCAUUUGAAAACAAAGCGAAAUCUCACACUAAAUCAUUUCAAUUUAAAUUUAUUUUGCAUGUUUGAAUGUGAUAACAAUAAAUAAAAUAUUGUGGAAUUGUUUGUUAGUACUUAUUUCGAUCAAUUAUGACUACAGCACAAGCAACAAGAAACGCAAUCACGUUGAAGGGUUCGGCCGUAAUUAUUUCGGAAUAUUUGAACUAUGGCAUCAAUUCGAUACUAUUCCAAAGAGGCAUUUAUCCAGCUGAAACAUUUGAAAAUGAUCAAAAGUACGGUUUGACAAUUCUAAUGUCCACUGAUGCAAAAAUCAAAGAUUUUUUAAAAAAUGUGCUCACACAAUCUGAAGAAUGGUUGUCGAAGAAUGAAUUGGAAAAGGUCAGUUUGGUGAUUACCAAUGCACAUUCCAAAGAAGUGCUCGAAUGUUGGGAGUUCCUAGUGCAAACGGAAGGUGGCCAAGAAAAUGCCGAUCCAAAUAAUCCGACGGCAAAGAAAGAGCUCAAACGUAUUCAACAAGAAAUUGGCUCGGUUAUGCGUCAAAUUUCGGCAACGGUUAGCUAUUUGCCACUGUUGGAUUGCAUCUGUUCAUUUGACAUUCUCAUUCAUACCAUCAAAGAUUGCGAAUUGCCGGAAAAAUGGAACGAAACCAAUGAGGUCAGCAUCCAAAAUUCACAAACGGUUAAGCUGCGAUCAUUUUCAACCGGUUUGCAUAAUGUUGAUACAAUUGUGAACUAUAAGCUAUCGACGUAAGACACCACAUUGUUUUCGAUGCCAUAUGGCUUCUUCAUCCAUUUCAUGUACACAUUUAUGUUUCGUUUAGAAAAAACUUUACUUGUACUACUUUUUGUUUCCAAUUUGCCUAUGUUAAAUAGUAUUUCCGUUAUCCGCUUGAAAAUUCAAUAAACACAUUGAUUCCA